AUCUUGAUAUAACAACUCUAUUUUCAGAGGGACUGAUAAAAAUCAAAGGAAUAAUCACCAUGCCUCCUCUCAAUACUUCUCAUCCCUCUCCUGUCACCUUCUUGCUAUUGGGCAUCCCGGGACUAGAGCACCUGCAUGUUUGGAUUGGGAUUCCCUUCUGCUCUUUGUACAUAGUGGCCGUGGUGGGGAAUGUGACCAUCCUGGCAGUGGUAAGGGCAGAGCGAAGCCUCCAUGAACCUAUGUUCCUCUUUCUGUGCAUGCUGUCAGUCACCGACCUGGUCCUCUCCACAUCUACGCUGCCCCGCAUGCUUUGUCUCUUUUGGCUUGGAGCCCAUGACAUCGCUUUUGAUGCCUGCUUGGCCCAAAUGUUCUUCAUCCACAGCUUCACUGCCAUGGAAUCAGGUUUCUUUUUGGCCAUGGCCAUUGACCGUUAUGUGGCCAUUUGUUACCCACUGCGCCAUACCACCAUUCUCACCCAUGCUCACAUCACUAUUAUUGGAAUCAUUGUGGUUAUUCGGGGUAUAGCCUUCUUUUCUCCACAUCCCAUCCUGCUCAAACAGCUGCCCUACUGCAGAACUCGCAUAAUUGCCCAUACCUACUGUGAGUUCAUGGCUGUGGUGAAACUGGCCUGUAUGGAUACAGGAGGCACCAAGCAUUACAGCCUCAGUAUGGCUACAAUCAUUGGCUCCUGUGAUGCCCUUCUUAUUGCUGUAUCCUAUGCCUUCAUUCUGCGCUCUGUAUUCCACCUGCCAACCCGAGAGGCUAGCUUUAAGGCUUUGGGCACCUGUGGAUCCCACGUCUGUGUUAUUCUUGUCUUCUACUCCACAGCUGGUUUUUCCAUUUUUACUCACCGCUUUGGGAAAAAUGUGCCUGCGCAUAUCCAUAUUUUUAUUGCAAAUAUGUACCUUUUGUUGCCCCCUUUUCUCAAUCCUAUUGUGUAUGGAGUAAGGACCAAGAAAAUACGGGAACAUGUUCUUAGGAUACUAAUAGACAAAGUUGCUUGAUUUUAGUUGGAUCAAUAAAAAAGUUGGUUCAAGAAUAAAAGGAAGUAAACAGAUAAUGUAAGGAAAAUAACUGCUUUAUCUAUCUAUUAUCACCACUCAUGUUUUAAUAUUGGAAUGGAAUAUAAAUAAAGAGCAUCCCACUAAUGGUUCUUUUAAUUGUGUCAAAAUAUACAUAACAUAUAAUUUAUCACUUUAUUUUUAACUGUAUAGUUCAGUAGAAUAAGUACAGUCAUAUAGUAGUGCAACCAGCAUCACCAUCCAUCUCCAGAGAUUUUCUUAACUUUCUCCAAUAGAAAAUCCAUAUUCAUAAAACACUAAUUUCCCAUUCCCACUUCACAUCUUCUGACAAGUACAACUCUACUGCCGUCUCUAUGAAUUUAGCUACUCUAGGU